UGUCAUUCACAGGCACGCACGCACGCACGCACGUAUACAAGCUCACACAAAUUUACCCACGCGCACACAAACGCGUAUCCGGAGGAGGACACCGUAUACUCGCUACUCUUGACCCGGACGAUGGCACCACCUUCCGCGUUCACUUCGGGAGCAUUCGUUGGCGGGACACGUUGGUGAUGGUGGAACACAAGGUAUAUUGCCAGUAUGAAGCCACCGUCCUUGUUGCUGCGUUCCGAGCCCAAUCCCGGUGUUGAUGACCUCUUCUGAUGCCCUUGUCGGCUUCUGUUCUUCUGUUACCUCUCCUCCCCAGUCUCCAGUCGCCCUCCCUCCUGCGUAUCUAAAUCCUCCGAGCCUCCCUUAUUACUCCAGAGAGCUGUAGCUGGCAGACACAACUUCAGAUUCAAGAAGUAGACAGGAGUACAUUCAAGAUGCAAGAUGAUGGGGACAAACUUCAUUGGAGUGCCAUGAGCUAGCAAGGACCACAAACCUUUUUUCUUCCCUUUUUUUUUUUUUUUUUUUUUUUUUUUAAAUACCAACAUUUUUACCACACUUGGCCAUGCCAGCCAAAGGGAAAUACUUGUUGAAUGACCAGGAACUCAAGAACGAGGCACUCUACCGCAAGUUCUCAUGCAUCAGCCAGUACCAGCCACUGGUGCUCCUGCUGGGCCUUUCCAUGAUCUCCUGCGGUGUCCUCCUGGUCCUCUUCUUCGCUCUCGGACUGAGCGCCCAGGAGCACUGCGCCUUUGUGAGCGUGACGAGCGGCGGCCUGUGCGUCUUCCUGGCCGUCUUCGUGCUGGUGUGCACCGAAAUGCUGUCCCAACGUUGGCGCCGGCCACUGGGCCUGCUGGUGUGGGCGGCGCACCUGGCCAUGGGAUUUACCUUCAUCUUCAGUGGGCCCGUCGUCCUCCCGUGGGACCAGGUGCCAUUCUUCCUCUUCAUCAUCUUCACGGUGUACACCAUGUUGCCAUUCCCAUGGUGGUACGCGGUGGCACUGAGCACGCUCUCAUCGCUGUCCCACAUCGUGGCGCUCACAUUGCGGCUCACCGUGUACAGCGACGUGCCCACGCCGCACCUCGCCAACCAGCUGCUGUCCAAUGUGGUGGUGUUCCUUUGUGGCAGCGUGGUGGGAGCAUUUCACAAGGUCCUCAUGGAGAAAACCCUCAGGCAGACCUUUCAGGACACGCGCCGAUGCCUCAGCAUGCGCAUGAAGCUGGAGAUCGAGAAGAGACAACAGGAGAACCUGCUGCAGUCUGUGCUGCCGGUCUACAUCUCUAUGAAGAUGAAGCUGGCCAUCAUGGAACGCUUGCAGGACUGCAAAGACAAGGAGGAGCAACAGCGGCUGGUUAAAGACAACAACUUCCACAGCCUUUACGUCAAACGUCAUGAAAACGUCAGUAUUCUCUACGCCGACAUUGUGGGCUUCACUCGAUUGGCCAGUGACUGUUCCCCCAAGGAGCUCGUCGUCAUGCUCAACGAACUGUUUGGAAAGUUUGACCAAAUUGCCAAGGAAAACGAGUGCAUGAGGAUCAAGAUCCUGGGCGACUGCUAUUACUGCGUCUCAGGCCUGCCGGUGUCUUUGCCCAAACAUGCCAAGAAUUGUGUGAAAAUGGGCCUGGACAUGUGCGAAGCCAUUAAGCAGGUACGAGAGGCCACCGGCGUGGACAUCAACAUGAGAGUGGGCGUGCACUCGGGCAAUGUGCUGUGUGGCGUGAUCGGUCUGCGCAAGUGGCAAUUUGACGUAUGGUCACAUGAUGUGACGCUGGCCAAUCACAUGGAGUCAGGAGGCCUCCCGGGACGUGUUCACAUCACAGAGGCGACUCUGAAGCACUUGAACAAGGCGUACGAAGUAGAGGAGGGCGAGGGGCAGCUGCGGGACCAAUAUCUCAAGGAGCUCAACGUCAGAACCUACCUCGUUAUUGACCCUCGGUCCAAAGAUCCGACGCAGAGCAGCCGCAGCGUCCCCAAGCCUCGGGUGAACGAUGGUCUGAAGAUGCGGGCGUCCGUGCGCAUGACGCGGUACCUGGAGUCCUGGGGGGCCGUCAAGCCGUUUGCGCACCUGCAGAGCCGAGAAGGUUUCGCCGUGGACCCCCUCAGCAAUGGAAAGUCACUCAGUAAGGACAUCCCAUUGCGAACAGCACCCAGCUCCAAGAUCACUGAGAGCUUUGAUGAGUCACUAGAAGAGCAGUUCUCCUUGUCCACGGCCUCGUUCACCAGCCAUAAGAACAAGUCACAAAAGAGUCGCUUUGAUGAGGAGCUGCACAACGAGAUGACAACCACCAUCGAUGAACUGGGCAGCAAGCAGUGGUACAAGUCUGAGGAGAGCGGCAGUUUAGCCAUCUGGUUUCCAAAGAAAGACCUAGAAAAACAGUACCGAGCCUUGGAUUUGCCAAUGUUCAAGCACUACGUGGGCUGCGCCGCCGUCAUCUUCCUCUGCAUCUUUUCCAUCCAGAUGUUAGUCACCGGGGAUCGGCAGAUACUCGGAGUGACGUUUGCGGCGUUGGCGUGUGUCCUGCUGCUGACCCUGGCCAUCUGUUUUGCAGCUCAUAUACAGCGAAUGUUUCCAGAGAAGCUGUCAGGCUGCCAGUGGCUGGCGUCAGUCUCUGAGGCGGUGGUGAAGAAGCCGUGUGUGCGCCUCCCCCUGGCCGCCGUCACCACUGCCGUCAUCGUUCUCUUGGCAAUCUUCAACCUGUGCUUCAUCCAGCCACAUUUUCCAGACUGUUCCAGUGGUGACGUUUCCGCCCUGGGUCACAUAAAUGAUUCCCAACGUCUGGGAUUACAGGGAGGACUCUUCUAUCUGCCCUAUUCUGUGUACUGCUGCAUCCUUUCCCUGAUGGCUUGUGGCGUGUUCCUGCGCGUCAGUUUGGAGCUCAAAGUGCUCUUCCUCGCCCUGUCGUCCAGCAUCUACUACAUCAUCAUCCUCAGCACCAACAAGCGGCUCUUUGUGGCCUACGCAGAUGUCCUCCACGCUCAGAUUACCGGAGAGGGCAACUGCAGCAGCCUAUCCGACGAGUCGAUGGUGAGGCUGGUGGGCCUGGUGAAGCACCCCCAGGUGAUGAGCUGCAUCUACAUCACCUUGUUCCUCGUCACCAUGCUCAUCAUCUCGCAACAGAACGAGUCGUGCUUUCGCCAGGACUUCCUACUCAAGUACAAGAACCGCACAGAGCAGGAUGAGAUCGAGACCCGGGAGAACCUCAACCGCCUGCUGCUUGAGAACGUGCUGCCCGCCCACGUGGCCUCGCUCUUUGUCGGCGAGAACAAGAAAAACGAGGAUCUCUACUACAAGUCGUAUGACUGCGUGUGCGUGAUGUUCGCCUCGGUGCCCGACUUCAAGGAGUUCUACACCGAGUGCGAUAUCAACAAAGAGGGCCUGGAAUGCCUGCGGCUCCUCAACGAGAUCAUCGCCGACUUCGAUGAGCUGCUGUCCAAGCCCAAGUUCAGCGGCGUCGAGAAGAUCAAGACCAUCGGCAGCACGUACAUGGCGGCGGCAGGACUUAGCGGGACGCUCGGUCAGGAGAACAACCAGGACAGGGAGCGUCAGCAGGCGCAGAUCGGCAUCAUGGUGGAGUUCGCCGUGGCUCUCGUCGGCAAGUUGGACGGCAUCAACCGACAUUCCUUCAACAGCUUCAGGCUGCGCGUGGGUAUUAACCACGGUCCCGUGAUCGCUGGCGUGAUCGGUGCCAGGAAGCCUCAAUACGACAUCUGGGGCAACACGGUCAACGUGGCCAGCAGAAUGGAGAGCACCGGCGAGCUGGGAAAGAUACAAGUCACGGCGGAGACGUCGGACGUGCUUCACAGGCUGGGCUACUCAUGCGAGUGCCGCGGCUUCAUCAGCGUGAAAGGCAAAGGCGAGCUCAAGACCUUCUUUGUGUGUACGGACACAAGCAAGCAGCAAGGAAUGGGCCUCAGCUGAGAUCGGGAGGUCACGCUCCAAAAAA